CGCAUCGAUAUAGCCGUGGGUCACAUCGCCAUCACAGCCGACAGAGCUCGAGAAGUCUGCUUCCUGGAGAACAUUCUCAGCGCAGAAUUGGGCGUCUUCGUGCGCAAGUUGAGUGUAGGCAGCCCCUUUCACUUCCUCUGGCCUUUUGAGCGUUUCACCUGGCUCCUCAUCGGUAUUUCCCUCCUCGUGGCACCAAUAUGCGUUUGCCUGUUGAAUCGUCUGAGCCCCUUCAGUGCCGGCAAUCUAGACCUGCCUGGGGCGUCCGCGGAUGAGGUGGACUUCGUGGAGAACACCUGGAACCUCUUUGGUACACUGGCACUCCAGGGUAAGUCAGGUGGGCAGAUAACGGUAAACGAAAGUGUCACAUAG